AUGCCGUCCAACGCGGCACUCGACGCCCUGGGCCACGCUGUGUCUGGAUCGAUAGGCACGGGCGUCUCGACCGCCGCCGUUUUCCCGCUUGACCUUGUCACGACGCGAUUGAAAGCCCAACGUCAGAUGAAGAAGGGCUCGGAGCGCUACGAUGGGGUGAUUGACGGCCUAAAGGUGAUUGCCUCGCGUGAAGGCGGCAUCGCAGCUCUCUACAACGGGAUGGGACUGGACAUUGGUAAAUCCUUGGUGGAUAGCUUUCUCUUCUUUGGCUUCUACACCUAUUUGCGCCAGCAGAUUCGCCAUCCACGCAUAGUACAGGAGCUCGCCAUGGGAGCGCUCGCCGGUGCCUGCUCCAGGGCCAUCACGACCCCCAUCUCCAACGUUGUCACCCGCAUGCAGGUGCAGCCAGAUACGGGGUCGCUGAGAAAGGCGCUCGCUGACAUCAAGAAGGAGAGUGGUGUCCUCGGCCUGUGGUCCGGCUACUCUGCCACCCUCGUCCUCACCAUGAACCCCAGCAUGACAUUCUUCAUCAACCGCCGCCUUGCCAAGCGUAUUAUUCCUGCCCUGGAAGAGGAAGACGUGCCGGUGGCAUGGGUUGACUUUCUUCUGGCGGCAAUCAGCAAGUCGACUGCUACCGUUGUGACUUAUCCAUUUCAAACGGGACGAACUCGACUGCAGAUGCCAGUCGAUUUGGAUCCCGCAGACCCGACAGAUUGCGAAAAGGGACAAAAGACAAGGCCGCCGGCUCGAAAUGAAAAGUCUAUCAUUUCUCGAAUCCGCAGCGCGCUCGAUCAGACCGUAUUUGGUAUCAUAAUCCGAAUCAUCACGCGCGAGGGUCUGCGCGCGCUCUAUGACGGACUCCCGGGAGAACUCCUCAAAGGCUUCCUGAGCCACGGCCUGACCAUGGUGACGAAAGGGCUCAUCCAUCGCCUUGUCAUCCGGUUGUGGAUUCUCUCACACCCGCGGCUGCGUAAACAGCUACAGUAG